GUUCAGAAAAUGUAAAUAAAAAAGCUUUAUCUCAGCGUUUUAUCUUGUCCCCCUUUGUAGAAGAAAAAGUCCCUCUUAUGUCCCUCUUUUUCCUAGAUUUGUCCCCCUUUAUUUCUUUUUUAGUUGGCAUCCCUGAUCAGAAAGCUUUAGCCUUUGUCCAAUGGAAUAGCCAUCGAGACGCUCUCUCAUUAGACAUUAGACGUGGUGGUAGUGAACGAAUAGAAAAUAUGCCAAUCAAAGAUCGAAAUGGCAGUUUAUUUUUGAAUUCAUCGGAUCGACCUGAAAGAUGGCGAGAAUAUUUCAGUGAAUUACUCUAUGUACCAUCAACAGCUGAUCAACAUUUGAUUGAUGAAAUUCAAGUAAAGACAUUGACUAAGGAAGACGUAGAGAGACAAAAUGCCAAUCCAACUGUAGAAGUUAGAAGAGCAGUAAAACAAAUCAAAUCAAGGAAAGCAUCUGGCAGUGAUGAAGUUACAGCAGACAUUCUCAAAGCUGGCGGUGAGCCAGUUAUUCUCUGGUUGUUUGAGAUUUUCACUGAUGUGUGGAAGAAUGAGGAGAUGGUGGAAGACUGGAGCUUGGCCCUUCUUAUUCGACUGUAUAAGAAAGGUAAAAAACAACUGUGA